AAAGUAUCCAGAGGACCAAGUAAGAAGUUCUGUAAUGAGCUUUUUACUCAGCAAACCCUUCCUCACUCUCACUGUCGCAGAUGGAGUCAUGGGAACUGCACAAGUUCCCAGUAAGAUCCCUGUACAUAUACAUACAGUGGUUUAAGCCCUGUAAGGAAUGCUAGUAGAAACUACAUUGUCUAUAAAUUAUAGCCAGAAAACAUACCUAGCCUGACAUGCCUUGAAUCAGUUAAUAGGAUGUGUAAAAAGGUGUGCUUUGCUGAGAUCCAGUUGUGGCGUCUGGAUGCAUAAUCAGAACUAAGGUCCUAGACUUAUGGUGGAUAAGAGCCCUGACUGCCCCAGGAGCACAACUUUGGCUUAAAGGUGUGCCCCAGCUUUUAGUGAUCAGGAUAGAACUGAUAAAAAUAGUUGGUUGACCUAGAACACUGUGUAUCUUUUUAAAUGAAGUUAACCAGCCUUGAUCGGUUGUUUUUAAAUACAGACGUUAAUCAUUAAAGCUGGUCCCAAGCUCCACUGCUAAUAAGGUUAAUGGAGCUUGUCUUUGGCCUUGGACUGGGGCAGUAUGUGUGGAUACCUUGGGCGGAUAAGUCCGAGAUGAUGGAUAAGUUGGUUUUCCCUGUAGAAAUUGCAUUAAAUGGAUAAAUUUGAGCACCUUUCACCUUAAGUUUGUCUAUCAUAUUAGACAAUGGUAAGAUUUAAUUUGAAUAUAAUGUUUGAAAUUGUGAUCUUUGAUCUUUACCUUUUCAUGGCUUUGUGUUUUGUCUGUUAAGGUGACUUUGUAAUGCUGUAGUGUCCCUGUUGGAGCACAGUUUCUGCGUGUUCUCAUUUGCCUUGUUCUCCUUCCCUCUCCUCCCUCAGCUCAGGGUGUUUUUAUCUUUCUGAGGGAAGAGGCGGGGCUGGGGUGGGCAGCGUGGGCGGAACCUUAAGUGAGCUUGUACUGUUUGCCUUUCUGCUGGAGAAUUGGAACCUAAGGCGGUUCCCACAAAUCAAUGUGCUUGCUUCCGGCAGAGCAUUCUGGCCUACACAAACCUAGGAGCGGAGACCAAACAGAAGGAGGAUCAGGCAAGACAAGCGACGGAGGACGAGCUGGCCGUAGACCCUGCUGCCUCCCCGUUUUCCCUGCCGUCUGCGUCCGGAGGAUGAGCCCAGCCUUCAGGGCCAUGGACGUGGAGCCCCGCACCAAGGGCGUCCUGCUGGAGCCCUUUGUCCACCAGGUUGGGGGGCACUCUUGUGUUCUACGCUUCAAUGAGACGACCCUGUGCAAGCCCCUGGUCCCGAGGGAGCAUCAGUUCUACGAGACCCUCCCAGCUGAGAUGCGCAGAUUCACUCCCCAGUACAAAGCUGUUUUGAUAUUUGUUAGGUUUGCAGAUGAGUUUGGGGCCUCUGGCAACAUAGAGACUAAGGAACAGGGUGUGGUAUCUGUGCGCUUUGAAGAAGAUGAAGACAGGAACUUGUGUUUAAUAGCGUAUCCAUUAAAAGGGGACCACGGAACUGUGGACUUUGUAGACAAUUCAGACUGUGAACCAAAAAGUAAGCUUCUAAGGUGGACAAACAAAAAACAUCACAUGCUAGAAACGGAAAAGACCCCCAAGGACUGGGUGCGCCAGCACCGGAAAGAGGAGAAGAUGAAGAGCCAUAAGUUAGAAGAAGAAUUUGAAUGGCUAAAGAAAUCUGAAGUCUUAUACUACAGUGUAGAAAAAAAGGGGAGUAUAAGUUCCCAGCUCAAACACUAUAAUCCUUGGAGCAUGAAAUGUCACCAGCAACAGUUACAGAGAAUGAAGGAGAAUGCAAAGCAUCGGAACCAGUACAAAUUUAUAUUACUGGAGAACCUGACUUCCCGCUAUGAGGUGCCUUGUGUCUUGGACCUUAAGAUGGGCACACGCCAGCAUGGUGAUGAUGCUUCAGAGGAGAAAGCAGCUAACCAGAUCCGAAAAUGUCAGCAGAGCACAUCUGCAGUCAUUGGUGUGCGUGUGUGUGGCAUGCAGGUAUACCAGGCAGGCACUGGGCAGCUUAUGUUCAUGAACAAGUACCAUGGGCGGAAACUAUCAGUGCAGGGCUUCAAGGAAGCACUUUUCCAGUUCUUCCACAAUGGUCGGUACCUGCGUCGAGAGCUCCUGGGCCCUGUGCUCAAGAAGCUGGCUGAGCUCAAGGCAGUGUUGGAAAGACAGGAAUCCUACCGCUUCUACUCAAGCUCCCUGUUGGUUAUCUAUGAUGGCAAAGAGUGGCCUGAAGUGGCCCUGGACUCGGAUGAGGAGGACUUGGAGGACCUGUCAGAGGAGUCAGCUGAUGAGUCUGCUGGUGCCUAUGCCUACAAGCCCAUUGGUGCCAGCUCAGUGGAUGUGCGCAUGAUCGACUUUGCUCACACCACUUGCAGGCUGUAUGGCGAGGACAGUGUGGUGCAUGAGGGCCAGGAUGCUGGCUAUAUCUUUGGGCUCCAGAGCCUGAUAGACAUUGUCACAGAGAUAAGUGAGGAGAGUGGAGAGUGAACUUGCUGGUUGCUCCAGUACUUGAGAGAGACUCUGUGUCCCAGACACAGCUGUGCUGCGUCAGGGAGGAGGCCAGUAUGGCCAGGUAGGGGUCCCUGCAGCCUGGAGCUGAUGUGCAGUGGCCUCUCUGAGCCCCAACCCGAGCCCGCUCCAGCUGCACUCGGGAGUCUUUAUUUAUUUUAACUAUUUCUUCAACAUUCCACAUUUGAUGAUGCAGAUACCUCUUUGUUCCCUGAGUGUAAAUGUUCUAAUACAGAUCUUUUUGUUUAUUGUA